UCCAGGACUUAAUCCUUGGAUAUAUCCUUCAGAUAUAUCUACUUAACAUUUUAUAAUCAAACAUUUAUUUUCGGUAUUAUCACAUUUAUUCAGUAUUCACUAUUUCAUUAUUAUUCAUUUAUUAAUUUCUACAAAUUAAAAAUUGUUAUUCCUUUUACAAAUCAUCUGAUUUAUUGAAGUCAUUUCCAUCUGCUGGAUCUCACUGCAUCAGUAUGGACCUACAGAGCUGAGAUAUUCUUCUAAAAAUCUUGAUGAGAAUUUUUAAUGAAGUGAACUAUUCCUUUAAUGUAGUCACAUGGUUAAAGAAUACAACAUUUCCCAGUGUUCACUGCUCAAAAAUCUGCUGUUGCUAUUUAAACAUGGCGCAGUACAGUCAGACGAGCUCUCUGUUAUCACCUGUAAAACUAUGAUCUGAGAAACGAGACAUUCAAAAGCCAUAUUAGAAAACGGAAGACAUUCUAGUAAUAUCGGACUCAUCUGUAUUGUUAUACUUGAAGUAAAAUGCCUUCUCCAAAAGCGCGGAGCAGCUCUGGGCGCAGCGGCAGCGUUCCGUGUACCGGUGGUGGAAACGGGCGCUAUGAGUUCAUUUCACUGAGCCGAACUCCCCCGCCGAACCUGCUGCAGAAACAGUGCUCUGAUCCCACAUCAGCGCGGCUCCGAGCCUCCGAGAGCCCCAACCGACGCCGCGGCUCGGGUUCGUCCACCUCUUCCACCGGCGGGCAGCAGUUACCGGAGGAAGACUGCAUGAAAUUAAAUCCGUCUUUCAUCGGGAUAGCGCUCAGCUCUCUGCUGGCGAUCGACCUGUGGCUGUCGAAGCGGCUUGGUGUAUGCGCCUGUGAGGACUCGUCCUGGGGCAGCGUGCGACCGCUCAUGAAGCUCAUCGAGAUCUCCGGGCACGGGAUUUUGUGGUUGGCCGGUGCCGCGUACUGCCUGCAUAAAAGCGACAGUGCCGCCGGUCAGGAGGUCAUGCUGAACCUGAUCAUGGCCUUGGUAUUGGACCUUGUGCUGGUUGGCAUGGUGAAGGCUGUUGUGCGGCGUCGACGUCCAACCCAUAAUCGCAUGGAUAUGUUUGCCACGUUCUCUGUGGACCGCUAUUCCUUUCCAUCAGGCCAUGCUACACGUUCCGCAAUGUGUGCCCGCUUCCUAUUGGCCCACCUGGUGCUGGCAGCCCCACUCCGUGUGCUCGUCCUGCUCUGGGCCACUGUUGUUGGUUUUUCUAGGGUUCUCCUUGGACGCCAUAAUGUGACGGAUGUUGCGUUUGGUUUCCUCAUGGGCUACUGGCAAUAUAAUUUGGUUGAGAUGCUCUGGUUGUCCCCAGUCAUGUUUCAAAGUGCAUUUGGACAGCUUGACUGAGAAGCUAUGAGAACUUAAAGAGGUCCUGAUUUCUUGGAGCCCAUUUUAUGGAGGAUCUAGAAUCAUUCAAUUGCUGCCAGUAUGCUGGUAAUAAUUCCAUGUUGUCAAUCAGGUUGCUUUAUGUGGGUUCUACAUUGUUUUGUGUGUCUUCUAACUCGAAUGUAAGAUAUUAACCUCAUUGAUCAUCUGCCAGCAAUGUCCAGUGUUUUUCUUUGACUUGGAUUGUCAGGGAGCAGUGAAAAUAGUUUUAAGUCCUUCACUUAAAGUUAUUUGCCUGUUUUUCUCUCUUUCUUUACAUCUUUUGUGUCGAUACUCUGAAACUGGAAAAAUUCCAGCAGUCUUGAUGAAGCAUCUGGCAUCAUUUCCUGCCCUUAUGAGGAUUGGCACUCAUCAAGAAAGGAUAGGGAAGUACUGUAGUUUUAGCUUUUGAAUAUUUCGAUGGGGUGGACUAUGGCUUCUGCUGACUUCUGACAUGUCUGUUAAACUGCAGGAUACUGUUGCACCAUUGUGAUAUUACACAUAUAAAACCAAAAAAAUAGCCAUCAACUCGAAGAUUCUGCCCCCGUUUUUUAUUUAAUUUUAACACCAACCAGAGUUUUAUCUCUAAUUAAAAUGAAGCUCUGAAUAAGUGAAUAUUUAAUUAACAUGCAAAUCAAAACCAAGGGGUGAAUUUCAGUGCAGCUCCAAUGCCUUGAGGGUGUGCAGUGUCCUCAAUUUUUGCAGUUCCAUUUGAUGGUGCAGAAAUUACAUACUUCAGGUUUAAUCUAUGAAGUAGAACUAUUUUUUUUUUUGUUGCCAUUUCAUCUUUGACGUAUGGUCUUUGAAACUUUGCAUAGUUUUUUCUUAAUGGGUCGAAACCACAACUGAUUAUAGAGCCAUAAAAUGCAUGAUGCUGCAAAACUGAUACCAUAUAUUGUACGGGAAGCUGUCAUAAUGUCAGUGUAUAAGCAUCAAGCUGGUGUACAAUGCAAGAUGAUGACCAUAACUUUGACCAAAGUUGCACUGAAUCAUCUCUCAAACUGGACAACCCAUGCAAAAAAGUACUGUGGCAGUACCUUGGUACAGUGAUGGUAUUAGAUGGUAAUACCAUGGCAAUUUGAUAUACAGUUGCACAGUGAUUACCAUAUUCAUGUACCAUGGUAUUUGCUGUUAUUGUUGACACUCCAACAUACUUCAAAGAAUACCAUGAUAUUACCAUGGUACAUGUCCAAAAACCAUGGUAUCACCCAGGGUUGUGAUUUUUCCGGAUUAAUCCAGAAUUCUGUUUUGUUUUGUUUGUUUUUUUCAGGAUACAUUUUUUUUUCCGAUCGACAUGAAUUCUCAAUAAGCUGCGCAUUCUUUGCAUUCUCUGUAAGCACUUUUCACUAGGGCUGGGUAUUGAUACAGAUUUCUCGUUUCGAUUCCGAUUCAUAAGCUUUCGAUCUCGAUUCGAUAUCGAUUCAUAUGGGUACAUUUCUGUUAUAAAGUCCAUUUUGCUUACAUAUAAAAUAAAUUCUCAGCUUAUGCUCUGAAUGAUAAAGGAACCCUCUAGGCAACCCUUUUAAGUGCAAUUCGAAAAUAUUAAUUCUAUAAAUUAUAUUUUAUCAUUAGUUUCUCAUCAAAUUGGUCACAUUUUAGCUUUUGAAAAAAUUUCAAAUUCAGUCUGUUCCAUCAGUUAAUGUCUUGAAAUUGCAUAUAUUAUCUUGCAUAUUUUUGUUAUAUUUUUAUUGUUUACAUGCAUAAUUUGUACUAUUUACAAGUAUUUACAUUGAUAUGUAGAACACGUGCUUAAUCGGUACUGUCUCUUUAAGACUUGCAGCAUCAGCCAGUAAGCGCGUACAACGAGAGAAGACGUGCGUAAUUUCUUUAGCGAUCCAUGUGUGAUUUAUGAUUAAAUGUUUCUUUUUGUUGUUUUUAAUCAACAACUGACUAUAAAAAAAAGAGAAAGGGUAUUAAAAGAGACAUAUUCUGUGACAUAUGGAUCGGUGGAUCUUGUCUUUGGACACACAGAACCAGUUAAACCAAACUUUUUCUCUCAACAUGCACUGAAAGGACCUCUGUGAUAAUAACUUCUCCUCUAUACUACUCAAUCACUGGUAGGUGAAAUCUGAAUAUUUACUAGCCAGUGGCUAAUCAUAGACAUUUUGGUCGCAUAGCAUGAGAUUUGGUUGCAUUAUAGAGGGUUGCCACAUAGAGUAAAAGAUUGAUCUUGGUAUUUAAGAAUCAAUAUCGAGAUCAUUCAAACGAAGAUCGCGAUGCAUCAGAAAAUCUAUAUUUUUACCCAGCCCUACUUUUGGAAAUGUAAUUGGUGUCAUCUCACUUUGCCUUUUUCUUAAUGUGUUUUGUUACAUUCCACUGUUUUACUGGUUGUCUAUAAGUACAACUGCAUAGGAAUGAAGCAUUAGUUGAAUAAAAUGGAAAAAAGGUACCGGGAUUAGCAGCACUUUAUUGUUCAGAGUCUGUUUUACCAUAUUACAUGUUUCUUAGUGCUGUAGUAAUAAUAAUAACAACAUAAGUGUGAUUAUGAGCAACUCUUUACAAUAAUUACACUAUAAAUACAUUACUCAGUACUUCUGUAAAUAAGUACACACACACACACACACACAUAACCUUUUUGGAAUAGAAAGCAUGUAGUUUUCUCUCUAUCAUCCACAAGAAGAGAUGGAUCAACUGAUAGAAUAAUUUAAGUUGUCCCUCUAUUUCUUUGCCACUUAUGUAACAGAUCAAACUCUGCCAUCAGCUUUAAGGUCUUCCUCUUUCAAACUACUGUGGCAUCAAAGAUUUGUUGUCGACAAAUCCACCCCAAAAUCCAGGGUUUAACUUUUCUUCAUUCUUUGAUAUUAAUAUUUCUCCCCUGGCAGCCCAUACCUUAAAUUAGUUACAGUAAUAAGUUUCUAGAGAAGGGCGUUUGACUGUUCAAGAGAACCAUUUGCACAUUUUUCCUUUGCAAUAACUGAGUUAUAUCUUGUAAGUGCUAUCAUUGGUCAUUUGUUCAGUAAUACAAGUGACAUAUGGCAACCAAUAAAUAAUGUUAUUUUAAACUGCAAUGACAUUGUGAUGUUCUGGUGAUGUGUUUGUUUGCUAGGGACCAUGUUUAUUGAUUUUCAUCUGUUUGACAGAGAGGUAAUAUGGAAGAGUAUUUCAUGUGAUAUUCAAGUUUUUGGUGUAUACAUUUUUGAGUCGUUUUAAAUGGCUUCACCUUCUAUCACAAUAUAUAUCAUCAUCUUGACAUUUGACCAUUGCAUGGUGUGUAGUAAAAAGUGGCCAUGUAAAUUGCAAAGGUGAAAAUCACUACAAGGGAUUCACAAGCUUAAUGUGGUAGCUAUGACUGCUAUGAUUAUUUGUGAUGUUAAAUAUACUCCACAUCGAUCAUAAUGUGAUUGUAUUUUCUAAAUAAAUAUAAAGAUGUCAUGA